ACCACAUUCGGUACAUAUAGAGAUGAUCUUGAAACCCCAAAUCGAGUCAUUUGUUCCUUCUUCUUCGGCUUUCUCUCUCGAUCUCUUCUCCUUUUUCUGUUGGAUCUCGAUCGAAGCGGGGAAGGCGACCAUGGCAAAGACGAUUACGCUGAGGAGCUCGGAUGGGGAGGUGUUCGAGGUGGAGGAGGCGGUGGCCAUGGAGUCGCAGACGAUUAAGCACAUGAUCGAGGACGACUGCGCCGACAACGGCAUCCCCCUCCCCAACGUCACCUCCAAGAUCCUCGCGAAGGUCGUCGAGUACUGCAAGAAGCACGUCGAUGCCGCCGCUAGGUCCUCCUCAUCGGACGACGCCCCGAGCGUCACCGAAGACGAUCUCAAGACCUGGGACGCUGACUUCGUCAAAGUCGACCAGGCCACCCUCUUCGACCUCAUCCUGGCAGCAAAUUAUCUGAACAUUAAAGGACUGCUGGAUCUGACUUGCCAAACUGUAGCUGACAUGAUCAAGGGUAAGACACCUGAAGAGAUCCGUAAGACCUUCAACAUUAAGAAUGACUUCACGCCUGAGGAAGAGGAAGAGGUUCGGAGGGAGAACCAGUGGGCGUUCGAGUGAUGCGACUGUUAUCCCCUACAUGAUCUUGAAGCCUCUUUUAUCAAUGGAGACUUUUCUCUGGGUUCUGGGACUCUAUUUGUCGUCAAUCUGUAGUUUAUGAUUGUAAGUAGAACAGGAAUGCAUUUGACUCGUGAAAAAGACUUUAUAUGGUGCAUUUAGGAUGACAUCAUUGAAUCUCUUGAGCCAUUGGUCUGAUGAAAUUAAAAGUACUCCUUGAGAA